AACGUGCCACUGUAAACACAGACGGAUGAUAAAGAUCUGGUUGUAAAGAUAGCAGCAGAAGCAGACGGCAUACAUGGAGCUCUAUAUAGCAUGCACAGGAAAUGUGGAGAAUUUAUAUCAGGGAGUGUAACUGAAAUAACACACAGGGCUGCAUGGUUCCUAAAUGUGGAUGUGUAAUGUUUGUGCUAUGUGAAGUCAUGGGCUUUCACAUGCACUGGAUUUUGGCCUAUUUUCUGAACAGUGCUAAGCUAGAUAACCCAUGUGCUUUCUCUUAUGGUCUUCUCUCUUCCGCUUAGACACUUAAGAAAACAAGCAGUCCUGCUGUUUUGUGUGUAUGUAUGCAUGUGUGUGUGUUCAUGUGUGGAGGUGCAUUUCUUUAAUAAAAGUAAGUGUCACUAGGGGGGAAGAGGUAGAAUUUGUAGGUAGCAUUCUCCCAAUAUAGCUGAGCCAGCCAGACAGCACAGACAAGAAGAAUGAAAAUGGACUUUCAUUAGUCAAACCAAUCCUCUGGUGCAAAAUGCAGUGUGUGCAAAAGGAGUUCACAAAAAGCUCCCCCAGGAUAUAGUAUGCAUUACGUUUGUGAUCAAUCCCUAAGCACCGCUGUGAUUCAUAAAUUCACUGAUGAGAACUGGAGGAGUUGUGUAUGUCUCAGCCGCUCUGCACUCACCACCAAUCCUUCAAUCCUGUCCUGUAAGAGCACAGCACUGACACUGGCCUAUGACUCACUCAGCUGCACUGUGAAAUAUAACCACAGCAAAGCCAUCGCAUGUCUGGGUUCAGCAAAUCUCUCCACUGCUUGUCUGAAUUUAAUAACAGGAUGAAGGCACCUACAAACGGAAAAGCAAAGCAUGGCUCUGAAGCAAAGCUCCUGAUAAAGUUGGCCGGUUUGACCAUGCCAUGGCCGAGGAGCCUUAUAUACUGCACUACAGAAUGUAUACAUGUAUACUGGAGAAGCGAAUUGGCAUUAAACUGUGGAGUGUUUAAUAGAUCCAAUGCAUGGUUUUAGUGGUUUUUGAGUUUCACUGUGUGAGCAAUUGUUAAUGCCAAAAUGUUGACGAGAGUAAUGAAGGAGGUCCGUUGUAUGUUUAGCAGCAAACUUAUUAUAAAUGGCUAUUAUUGAUUUGUUUGUUUGUUUGAUUGAUGGAUUGUUUGCAUUAUAUGUUAAAUGUACAGAUUUUACAUAUCUUUUACACUACUUUAUAUUUAGUUAGUUAGUUGGUUAGUUAGUUAAUUAGAUGGUUGGUUAGUUAGAGGACCAGUAGUUGUCCACUGAUAAUAAUGUUAUGUCUUUUUUCAUUGUUAUAUUGAUGUUGUUUGACUAGUUGGUUGGUUGGUAUGUUAGUUAGCUAGCUAGUUAGUUAGUUACUUACUUACUUACUUACUUAGUUCUUGUCCAGUAGUUAUUGUCCACUAUUAAUAAUGUGAUGAUGUCUUUUAUAAUGUGUUUUGUGAUUGAUGGAUGUUUUUUUGUUGUUUUUUUGUUUUUGUUUACAGAUUUUUUUUUUUUAAAAAUAUCUAUUUUAUACUUCUUUAUGUCCUUUUAUAUCUUUAUGUUCAGUACUUUGCGGCACAGUGAUUUUCCCUAUGGGUAUUAAUAAAUCUAUAAUAUGUAAGUAUACCAACCCGAUCUGAUCAGAAAUGUUUAUAAAUUGGAAUAAUUUAGAACCUUACUUCUCUCUUAAUAUGUAAAUGUUGGCAAAACACCUUUAUAUAAGCAAAACACUAAAAUAAGAGUGAAUAUGAUGUGAAAUGCUAUGAUAUGCAACGAUAAUAUGUAUGCGGCAUUAUAACUGACUAUAAAAUGAACAGCCUUUGUGUGCAAAGAAGACAGUGCAAUAUGAUGAAUAUAAAAUUGUUCACUGGAGAAUUCAAACAAAAGAGAUUUAAUGAUGUGGAUUAAUAACUUAGGUUAUUGUACUGUAUAUGAAUGUGACAUGACAGUGUCCUAGUUUGAGAAGAUAGUGUGGAGGCGUUGAAAAGAGUGUGUGUGUGUGUGUGUGUGUGUGUGUGUGUGUGUGUGUGUGUGUGUGUGUGAGAGAGAGAGAGAGAAAGAGAGAGCGCGAGAGAAGUGGACCUAUCAUAGCAUGGUUAAUGAUUGCCCCCCACCCAACACUAAUGAUUACAGUGUUGAGUUGUGGGAGUUCACUCACAGUUCAGUCAUAUUUACAAGGUCUAGUGCAGACAGAAACAGAGCAAGAGAGAAUUUCAACUUUCUCUGGGUCACUGCAUCUGAGGCAGCAGAACAUGUUGAAGCUGGAAGCAAAACCAGUCUAGAGAGAAGAGGAAAUCGACUAAAUAUUUGGCAACACAUGCCAGGCUCCUCUAAUCUCUAAAGAACAGAUUUACUGUGUUCGUCUCCCUCCUCCAGAUGUCUACAUUAUGGACUAGUUAGAUCUGGAACCUGCCAUCAAGAAAAACACAACUAUCUGCUAACAUUUAGAACAGAGAAAGAGAGGGAGAGUCGAUGACACUGAAACACACAAAUGAUGGACAAGAAAAGUGCAAAUGGCUUUUCCGCCAAGGCUUCUGAGAGUGGGGGACAGAGGAAACAGCUGCCAUAUUCUGUGGAGACACCCUACGGCUUUCACCUGGAUCUGGACUUCUUGAAAUAUGUGGAUGACAUUGAGAAGGGUAAUACCAUCAAGAGAGUGCAUAUACAGAGAAAGAACAGGGGGCCAAAAUAUAGUACACUGCCACGCAACUUCAGCCUUCCUGGACAUGGUGCAAGACCUGCAGCCAAAGACACAUGGUCCAACACAUCCACCCUGGGAUCCAAGCCCAAGUCACGUGUUACUGAGGUCCAACAUCUUUUUGAUUUCAGAGCCAGCAAUGACAAUGCUGGCAGCAGCAGUAGCAGCCAAAGCACCCCUGCUGGUCAAUCAAAUGUGCAAGGUAGUAGCUACCUCUCUUCCCCCAAAACUGUGGAUCAGGUCCAUAUUCAGGCUUCCCAAGACCAACAGGCUUCACUAAGCCUUAAUGUGAGGCCUCACUUGUUUCGGGCAUCCAGCAUGCCUGUUAAUGUCCCACACAGGAAAGUGUCAGACUCUACCGAUGAUCAGAGCUCUCAAUCACAGAAUGGCUCAACUGAAAAACUAUUUCGCCCUGUGGAUGGUAGUGACAGGAGAGGAAGUAUACCUCAAGACAGGGCCAGCCUGCAUCAACAGAUAACCACAGCACUGAAACGGGUGCGCGAACUGGAGGAGCAGGUCAGAACGAUCCCUGAGCUAAAGGCUCAGAUUUGUUCCCUAAGAGAAGAGAGGGAACAACUGCUUCAGAGAAUUCAAACACAGUCUCAGGUAAAGAGUCUGCUAGAGAAAGAGCCAAGUGAAAAAACCCCACCAGAAUCCCAAGAAAAUACUAACCUUCCUUCAGCAGCAAAACAGCAAGAAGCUCCAUCCCUGCCCCAGGAUACUGUGAGCGACAGUCAUACUAAAAUUCCAGUGUCAACUGUAGAUAAGUUAGCCGAGAACCUUGAAGGGCCAUCAACUUACACAGUUUUAGGAGAAAGACCAGUUCGAGGUGUGGUCUCUGUUCCAGUGAUACUCAUUGAAAAAGCUGAAAGUCCAACUGAUUCAGAAGACUCUGAGAGAAUGUUGGAAGAAUCUGAGCAUGAGACUGAAGUAUCUGAAAAGGUUUUGGAACAAGGAUUAGAAGAACAGGAGGAAAAGCAAGAGACUUCAUUAAAAGAUCAACAGCCUGCCCUAAAAGUAGGGUUUUCCAUAACAGAAGAAAAAGGAGAUCUAUCUGAAGGCACAAUGUCCCAAGAUGAACCUGAAAAAACUGAAACAGUUUAUCAGUCUAUUGUAGAAAAGAAAAAACAAGCCUCCACAUUAAAUGAACAAGAUGUUGUCACCAUCCAAGAACUCCAAGAAAAAGUCAAGACAUUGGAGGAAAGAUUAAGACAGGUCAGCUGUGAUCUGGAAAUGACAAACUCCUUACUGAGAUUACAGAUGGAGGAGAAUCGACAAAAGGAUGUAACAAUUCAGGAGUUAAGUGAAAAGGUAAAAGAACCCAUUGCAGACAGUGUAGAGCAAGAGUUGAUAGUUCCACUAGAGUCUGAGCCACUUCCACAACAUGUUAUUACUUGUGAUGCAUCAGUCAACACUGACAGCAAGCAUGUGUUAGAAAAAGCAGUCCUAACAGAUAUUGACCUUAAACCUAUUGAAAGUAUAAAAGAACCAGACCUAAUGUGCUCUAGUACUCAAACAAAUAUAGUUGAGAUGCGAGAAAUUGAGGUGUUAGCACAGGUGGUGACAUCUGAAAAAGUUGUGGGUGUUGAAAUUGUUACAUGUGACCAGGCAGUUGAAACAGAUGUGUGUGAAAAUAGUUUGGAGACCAAAGAAAGAAAAGAGCUUGAAGCUGCAGAUGAAAGAUACAGUGUAGAUAGAGAUGAUGUAGACAAAGAAAAAAUGAGUGAAAGCAUGAUCACUGAGAGUGAUGUGGCUGAAGAGUAUGUUAUAGUAGAAAAGACUGAAGGGGAUUUGUUUGGGACAGUACCCAAGGAUAAUGCAAAUGUCAAGCCCUUGGCUAGGGAAAAAGAAUUGCUGGAGAACGUUGAAACUGUGGUAAUAGAAACCACAAAAUCGGAUACAAGCACAGAUGAACCAUUACAGCAAGACCAAAAGCAACCACAAGGACAAGAAAUUCAGCCUCAACCUCAGAGGCCCACUGAAGCUUCAGCAUCACCUGCAGCCAUAGGCCAGGUUGUCACUCGGAUCCAAGGUCUUCUCAAUGAACAGUGGGCCAGCCUGGGGAGUGGGAGCCAGGAACCAAAAGGAGAGGGCUCACAGAAACAGUCAGUGUCAAAGAUCAGCUCCAUCCAGAGUCACCUUCGAGGCUCACUUAGUGCACUUUCAGCCUUCUAUUCUCCUGUUCAAAAAGGAGGUGCAGCAAAGCAGUCAGGCCUCAAAUCUAUCAUGAAGAAGAAUGACUGUCCUGACAAGCAGAGGGCUGCAGGAGCCAAGAAAAACCUGAAAUUUGUUGGCGUAAAUGGAGGCUAUGAGACAACCUCCAGUGAGGAGUCCAGUGGGGAGGAGAAUGAGGACAACAGAGAGGAGGAGAAGGAGGAGGAGGUGGAGAUGGAUAGCUCGGAGACAGAGGAACAUGGAGAAGAGAGUGGAGUGGCCCAGGAGGAGAAGGAGGAGGCUACUCCUGCUGGGGAGCAGGCUGAAGAAGCUCAGGCAGGGGGGUCCCAGGGUUCUGUGGAGCCUAAAGACCCACAGGCCAGUGUUGAUCCCCCGGAGGAGCAGCCCAGCAGUGAACUUGUAGAUAAAAACUUCAUGGCCGCUUGUCACUACUUAAAGGACCGAAUGGCAGAGGUAGCUGCCCCAAACAAAGAGAUGAGGCAGGUUCUGAUGGUGCUCUAUCAGGAAUGGUUCCGAAUUUCUAGUCAGAAAGAGUCCCAGGCAGAUACGGUCACUGUGUAUCUGAGAGAAGUUGGAAAUCACACCCCCACUCUCCUGCGCUAUAUAGUUAACCUGGCUGAUGGCAACGGCAACAUGGCCUUACACUACAGUGUCUCCCACUCCAACUUCCAAGUAGUCAAGCUCCUGUUGGAUACCGGUUUGUGUGAAGUGGAUCAUCAAAAUAAAGCCGGCUACACGGCGAUCAUGUUGGCAGCUUUGACUGCAGCAGAAGGACUUGAGGACAUGGAAGUGGCCCAGCACCUACUGAGCCUGGGCAACGUCAACGCUCAGGCAGGCCAGUCUGGUCAGACAGCAUUGAUGCUUGCAGUUAGUCACGGGCGCACAGCAAUGGUGCAGGUUCUUCUCGACUGUAAAGCUGAUGUGAACACACAGGACCAAGAUGGCUCCACGGCACUGAUGUGUGCCUGCGAACACGGCCACACUGAGAUAGCCAAACUACUGCUAGACAGAUCUGAAUGUGACACUAGCUUGAAAGAUAAGAAUGGGCACACUGCACUGUCGGUGGCCAUCAAGUUCUCCCACUCUGAGCUAGUCGACCUUCUGAAGGCCCACGCUGACAAGGCUGAAACUUCACAUACUACAAGUCUUCUCUGAAGUUGCUCGUACACUUCCUCUGCAGUAGCAACAGUACCUGCAUUCACCCUCCAGCUGCCUCAACCAGACAAACUGACCAGUGAGACUUAUCUGGAAAGGAAAAAUGGACUUUCCUCGAUUUGGACAAGCAACAGGCCAAGAUUUGCAGUUCUCUGAAGCGUAGUUCAAUGUCAAAGCUCUUAACUUAAUGUGGAUGAAGCAUGGUACAUUGUUACAUGUUGUGUCCUGUUUUUCAAGUAUUAUUCUAUUUUUGUCAAGUAGAGAGCAUUAUACAUGAAUGUUACUAUAGAGUCUAUCAGAUACACACUAUAUUUAUUUUAUAUUGCACCUUGCUAUACUGUUUUUUUUUAUUCUCCUCUAAAAUAUACAAGGCCUGUCUGAAUAUAACCUGAUGAGCAAAAUUGUGUCUUCCAUCAUGAAGGUUAUCAGGUAAUGCUUUUCAUGUUAAAACUUAAAAGGUUUAUUUUAUCUUUGCGUUUAGCAUGAGGCCAGUAAAAUAGCAGGAUAGCUCCCGUACCAAAUACAUUCAAUCAAUCGAAAAUGCAACAGAAAACGUUAGGUCAGUGCUGGACUCUGUGAUGUGCUUCACACUAUCUGGUCAGGUGUUUUAAAUAAUUGGAUAUACUGAGCUGAUAUAGAAGAGCCCCAUCCCCCACAACUCCACUCCCCACACUUAUAAGUAUAUGAAGAAUGACUUUAGCAAUUGAGACGAGGGGUGGACAAAUCAGUAGCUGGGGUCCCUGGCACAAGAAGACUACAUGUCUGUGCUAUUUUUGUUUUUGGUCUUCUCUCGUUUUACAAGCAGAAAAAAACCCCCCUUUUGCCUUUUGAAAAACAAAUACAUUCAUAUGGUGUGUGUGUGUGUGUGUAUAUAUACAAAAUGCAUGCUGCUCAAUCUAAAUCCCACCGCCUGCUGCACUACACACACUGGCUUUUACUAGUCAAAUUAAUUAUCGAGCAUGGAUAACACAGAAUCAGGAAAAUGCAAGAAUGAGGAAACACUGAUGAAACCUUAGCAAAAUAAAGUCCAGCUUAAAUCUGUCAUACAAAUUUCCUGCUAGCACAACAUGCAGUCACCAAGCGGUUAGACACAUUGAGAAAAAGCCAGAAUGGAUUUGUAAGUGCUGUUGCAUAAAUAUUCUAUGUUUAUGAUGCACAGUUGAUAAUUGAUUCAUAAUCGAUUCCAUAAUAAUAAUAAUAAGAAUAAUAAUAAUGGUUAAUUCCAAUAAUUAUUUCAAUCUAAUAAAUAAAUAAAUAAAUAAAUAAAUAAACAAACUUACCUUAAAUAGUUUAUUAAUAUAUUUAUUACAUGGAAUUAUGCAAUCAAUUAUGGAUCAAUUAUCAAUUGUGCAUGAUAAAAAUAGAAUAACAUAGUUCACGAUGCACAAUUGAUAAUUGUUUCAGAAUUGUUUCCAUAAUUGUGCAUCGCAAACAUAGAAUAUUUAUGCAAAAGUACUGUGCAUUGAGAGGAGAAAACACCACAGCUCAUAGCCAAACACUGACAAAUUGCUUCUUGCUUUUUGUUGUGCUAUCUCAGACACCCCCGCACACACUCCUUUUUUUGUUGGAAAAUUCCCCUAUGCAGGAAUUUCUAUAUUCAGUUGCAUCUGUAUUGCAUCUACUGUACUGUACCUAAUUUUACUUUAUGUUAGCGACCACAUUCUAGUCAAGUCAAUUAGGUUUCCAGGCACACAAACAAACGAUUGAGCAUUUACUUGCCCAUGGACCUAGUUAAUACAUGUAUGAUUUGUCCACCCCUGAAGACAUUUAUGUUAAUGAUUUUCUGGAGCAACCACUUGGACCUGCAGUGAAUAAGAUUUGGGGAUGAUCACCAAAGUAUUGGUAUAUAAAGUAUUUAAAUAUGCUAUUUUAUUAAGUGCUGAAAUAUUAUUCAUAACCCUUCAAAAUAUAUGAAUAACAGAGAAAGCAAUGCGGAAGCUAUCUGCUGCAGUAUUCAAUAAUGCGAUUUUGCUUUGAUUUUAAGCGAAAUGUGACUCAUACUGGUGUAACGUUGGCUUACUGUACAAUUACACAAGAAAACAUACUUAGAAAACAUACUGGAAUAAACAAAAAAGACUGUUUUUGUUUGCACUUGACUGCUAUUCAGUGCAUUCUCUCAAAAUGGUAGAUCACCGAGGUAGAACCGUCCACACUUACCAGUGGAUUUAUUUAUCAGCUAUGUUCCAGUGGUACAGUGGAUUUACCAGUGGAUUUAUUUAUCAGCUAUGUUCCAGUGGUAAAGGAACAAACUAAAGAAAUGGCAAAGGUUCCUUGAUAUAUUUGGAAAUAUUUUGGUUAGGAAUAUCUCUAAGGAAAAAGAAAAUACUGUGGUGUAUAAAAUAUAAAGUUCUAAGAAGUCUGACUGAGUGAAGCAGAUUCUCUGAACGUCCAUUAUAGUGUCAUAGCAGUUCAACAGAGGUGCACAAACACUAUUUUGAACACAGUCUUGAAAAGGCACUUUAACAUAAACUGAAGUCUUGGUCUUGUACAUAAUGUACCAAAUGUCCAAUAUUGUGAAGUUUAGCUUGUAAAAUGAUCCAGAGAUGAUACACACAGGGUGAACCAAAUACGUUUUUAAGGACAAAUCAUGUUGUUAGACUACAAAUAAUAUAGAAAGUGGUACUUUAUCGUAAACACGCUCUACAUGGGACCCAAAAGUCUAAUAAUUAUUUAUUUCUAAUGCUAUACUUUACAUGCUGCUAUAUGUAUGGAUAGAGUAUUCAUAUAAUAUCUAUAAAUUCAAUAUGUUUUGCUUAUGUGUCUUUAAAACAUGUUUGUAUGAAUAUAUCUUUUUAUACACUGGCGAGAUUUUUCUUAUUUUUCUGAUUUCCUCUAAGAACAAUGUCUGUCGUCACGUCUGACCCCAGUGAUUCCAGUACAACCAGUUAAACAACUUUUCUUUUUCAGCAAGAAACUGAAAAUGUCUACUUUCAAACAGCUGAAGGUUUUUAUCCUUUGCACUGCAUUAUAUAUAUAUAAUUAAAUGCUCUGUCCCAGGACUGUGACAUUUUCCUUCCCAUAUAUUCUUGC